AAAAAAGGCUAUGGUUCCUUUCCACUCCCCUUCCCAGAGGUAACUAUGGUUAACCUCUGUAUGGGUCCCUUUUCCUGACCCUUUACCAUGUAAUCUGGUAUAUAUAUUGUUAUUUAACAUAAAUGAGAUCAUUUUAUAGGUAAUGCUUCUAACUUGAAGAUGAUCUUGGUCUGUAUAAAUAGAUCUCUGUCCUACCCAUUCUAUGAUUUACCAGCUUCUUAAAUCUUAGUGUUUCCCAGCAUAACCUACUGAACAAUGAUAGUACCUAAUAUACUGGGGUGGUUUUUUUUGUUUAUGAUUGUGUGUCUGUUUCCUGUAAGUUUUCAGAGCUUUUAAGGACAGUUCUAUCAAGUAUUUGUUUAGUGAGUGUGAAUGAAUGUUGGUAUUUUUGCCCAUUUAGAUCAGUGUAAUUUCUGUUAUAUAUAUAAAACGUUAAAUAACAUUGAAAUUUAAAAUUAAACUAAAAUAUCCUAAGUUCUGUAGGGAAUAUAUUAUUGUAAUUAUUGUAAGGUAUAGUUAACCUAUUUCUCAGGUUAUUUCCUAUAACAAUAAUAUUUAUUAAUUUUGUUUAUCUCAUUAAGAUCACCCUACUCUGCAAAAGAGACUUCUGUUACACCACUUUUUUGUUCUUGGGAGAAGUAUUGGUGGCUGCUUGUUUUUGUUUUGUGCAUGUUAAAUGAGUAUGUGCUUUGGCAUCUUUCCGAGGCAGAUCGUGUUUUGGGUGCCAUUCAUCCUUCAUAAAGGUAUCAUUGAUGUCUAAAGAAUAUAUAAAUGCACAAUGUUGUGUAAACAGCAUUGACUUAAUACAACAUCUCUUCAGUAGAAAAAUAGUUGAGGUUUAUGAAGUGAGCCUUGUCAGACACAAUUUGAGCUCUAUUGCUGAGGGUUCCUGUUCAGUAUCAUGCUACUGUUAAUAGCCCUGAUUGAAGGAGAAACCAGUGAAAACAUCUAUCAUCUGAUGGCUGUGGGAUGCCAUCCAAGCUUGUAUCCAUGGUUGUGUCAUGUUCCUGGGUUUGUAAGGGGAAGAAAAUAACACUUGGAUGUUAAGAAUUCAUCCAUAAGCUGUUUCUGUCAGGGGUGGAUGAAUUUCUUGCUCCUGAGUUGAAAUGAGACAUUUAAAUACUGGUAAUAACUUCCUCAUCGCCAGACUCUCUGGAGGAGACACCAAGGGACCAGUCCAGCAGCCAUAUUAAGACAUGUGGUGUAUAUAAAGUUUGCGAUCGUUGGGGGACAUUUUGGAAUUUAGAUAAUGGGCUGUGUGCAAUGUAAGGAUAAAGAAGCAACAAAACUGACGGAGGAGCGGGAUGGCAGCCUGAACCAGAGCUCCGGCUUCCGCUAUGGCACAGACCCCACUCCUCAGCACUACCCCAGCUUCGGCGUGACCUCCAUCCCAAACUACAACAACUUCCAUGCAGCCGGGGGCCAAGGACUCACCGUCUUCGGGGGCGUGAGCUCUUCGUCUCACACUGGGACCUUGCGUACGAGAGGAGGAACAGGAGUGACGCUGUUUGUGGCCCUUUACGAUUAUGAAGCCCGGACGGAAGAUGACCUGAGUUUUCACAAAGGAGAAAAAUUUCAAAUACUGAACAGCUCGGAAGGAGACUGGUGGGAGGCCCGCUCCUUGACAACAGGAGAGACGGGUUACAUUCCCAGCAAUUACGUGGCUCCAGUUGACUCCAUCCAGGCAGAAGAGUGGUACUUUGGAAAACUCGGCCGAAAAGAUGCUGAGCGACAGCUUUUGUCCUUUGGAAACCCAAGAGGUACCUUUCUUAUCCGUGAGAGUGAAACCACCAAAGGUGCCUAUUCGCUUUCCAUCCGUGACUGGGAUGAUAUGAAAGGAGACCAUGUCAAACAUUAUAAAAUUCGCAAACUUGACAACGGUGGGUAUUAUAUCACCACCCGGGCCCAGUUUGAAACACUUCAGCAGCUUGUACAGCAUUACUCAGAGAGAGCCGCAGGUCUCUGCUGCCGCCUAGUCGUUCCCUGUCACAAAGGGAUGCCAAGGCUUACCGAUCUGUCUGUCAAAACCAAAGAUGUCUGGGAAAUCCCUCGAGAAUCCCUGCAGUUGAUCAAGAGACUGGGCAAUGGGCAGUUUGGGGAAGUAUGGAUGGGUACCUGGAACGGAAACACAAAAGUAGCCAUAAAGACUCUCAAACCAGGCACAAUGUCCCCAGAAUCAUUCCUCGAGGAGGCACAGAUCAUGAAGAAGUUGAAGCAUGACAAACUGGUCCAGCUCUAUGCCGUGGUAUCAGAGGAACCCAUCUACAUCGUCACCGAGUACAUGAAUAAAGGAAGCUUACUCGAUUUCUUAAAGGAUGGAGAAGGAAGAGCCCUGAAGUUACCAAACCUCGUGGACAUGGCAGCACAGGUUGCUGCAGGAAUGGCGUACAUUGAGCGCAUGAAUUAUAUCCACAGAGACCUUCGGUCGGCAAACAUUCUCGUGGGGAAUGGGCUCAUUUGCAAGAUCGCCGACUUUGGAUUAGCCAGGUUGAUCGAGGACAACGAGUACACAGCAAGACAAGGUGCAAAGUUCCCCAUUAAGUGGACAGCCCCCGAAGCAGCCCUGUACGGGAGGUUCACAAUCAAGUCUGAUGUGUGGUCUUUUGGAAUCUUACUCACAGAGCUGGUCACCAAAGGAAGAGUUCCGUACCCAGGCAUGAACAACCGGGAGGUGCUGGAGCAGGUGGAGCGCGGCUACAGGAUGCCCUGUCCGCAGGACUGCCCCAUCUCUCUCCACGAGCUCAUGAUCCACUGCUGGAAAAAGGACCCCGAAGAGAGGCCCACUUUCGAGUACUUGCAGGGCUUCCUGGAAGACUACUUCACCGCGACAGAGCCCCAGUAUCAACCCGGUGAAAACCUGUAAGACCCGGUCUGCAGAGCGAGGCCUUGUCCCAGAGGCUUCCCCGCCCCCUCCCCAUUAGCUUUCAAUUCCGUAGCCAGCUGCUCCGAGCAGAGCGGCGAGAACCGUCCAGGAUCAGAUUGCAUGUGACUCUGAAGCUGACGAACUUCCAUGGCCCUCAUUAAUGACACUUGUCCCCAAAUCCGAACCUCCUCUGUGAAGCAUACGAGACAGAACCUUGUUAUUUCUCAGACUUUGGAAAAUGCAUUGUAUCGAUGUUAUGUAAAAGGCCAAACCUCUGUUCAGUGUAAAUAGUUACUCCAGUGCCAACGAUCCUAGUGCUUUCCUUUUUUUAAAAUGCAAAUCCUAUGUGAUUUUAACUCUGUCUUCACCUGAUUCCACUUAAAAAAAAAAAAAAAAAAAAAAAAAAGGUAUUAUUUUCCAAAAGUGGCCUCUUUGUCUAAAACAAUAAAAUUUUUUUUCAUGUUUUAACAAAAACCAAUCAGGACAGGUGUUCGUUUUUUUCUUUUUUCUAAAUGUGAAUAUAUACAUUAUAUAGGUCCCUGAACAUACACCAUGUGGGUGCUAACGUGGAGACAGACCGUGGCCAUCGGGGGCCUUAAGGCUUCGGGACCCAAAGUGAAGAUUUGACUGCAAAAUCAGCAUUGAAACACUGGUGUGAUUCUGAAAACCAGUGACCUCAUUUUUUCGGCUUUUGCAAAAGCAUGACUUCUUUUUUGGCUUUUCAUUUGGAUUGCAUUUUUGGGGGUUGUUGACUGUACCUGUAGAUGACUGUUACUUUGACUCUUUUCAGCAGCCCCUGAGUAGAAUUCACAAGGUCUGUUUCCAGUAUUUGCUUCGACUUAACUACGAUUUGUUCUUGAAACGAAAGUGAGCCUCUUUAAGCAAGCAAGCAAGCAGCCAAUACUACCAAGGGAACUGCAAGACGGAUACCACACAAACUUCUUGUAUAGAAACAUGAAUGCUGAAAUGUUUCCAACUGUUUUAAUUUAAUAAACCUUGUAACCACAUUUAAAUGGUCUAAAACCCAUAGCAUUGUAGUCAUGGCAACCUGCUAAACUUUCUUGCAACUAAAACUGAGGGUGGGGGUUGUACAUUUUCCAUUGUAAAAUAAGUGUUUUAAUGUCCUGUACUGCUAAUGAAAUGACUUUCUUUAUGUCCAAGGGUUCUCCAGUGAAAUAACUAUGCACUACUUUACAUUUCAUGGGGAUGCACAAAAAAAAAAAAAAAAAAAAAAAAAAA